GUACGCCCUAUUUAGGUUAUUCACCCCACAUAAUGAUCAUCAUUAUUAAAAUAACGCAGGUGUCAAAAUGAAGUUAAUAAGCAAUGACAAACUGGCCUUUUAGAUGUUUUACUUUGUUGUGGUUUAUUGUAAUACCAGUCAAAAAUACUACAAAAGUAAGCGAAUGUGCGCGACAAAUCCAUUUACUUAGUUUUUUUUGAAAAACAGAUUCUACAGUAUUAGUUUCAUAUAGGCAUAUAACACUUUCCAGUGACUAAAAACGUAUUUUUUUCUAGUAUUUCGCCACGAAGUUUUUUUUAAUGUGUCAGCUCGGCUAAUUUCACAUUUCGCCCACCUGUGUUUUGGUAUCCAGUAGAGGACCCGGUUUCGAAAUAACGCUAUGCCGUGAAAAUAACACUGGUCAUUUGUAGCUGUUGCCAUACCUUUCAACACGCUUUGUUUCCGGCUAAAUAAUUUUUUACAACAUACAUUUUUAAUUAUUACUGGUAGCCCUCGGUAAACACAAAGGAUUGUUCUUCACUUUAUCACCGUUCUAAGAUCUAUAACGUGAAACAAAUAUUUCACCAUUUGUUAUACAAGGCGGCUCCGUCAACACAUUACGUUCAAGAAAGUUAUAAAGAUUUAGUUGUCGGCAGCCUCAAAAAAGCUUUGCGUUUUUUCAUAUCUAUUCCUAACCCAAUGAUCUUCACCGCAAGUUUCGUCACUCGUUAAAAUGCACCAGCAGUCAAACUGUCAGAGGAAAUGAUAGCAGAAGUUAAAAAUGUCACCAGUGUGGUUUGCUUCGCUUUUUUGGAGCUUACUCCAUCUGUCCUGGUCUUACAACUUGGAUACAGACAUCUUAGCCUUUUCAUUUGAAGGAAACAUCAGUGAGCAGUUUGGACAUAAAGUACUGUACUUUCAGACAAAUGACAACAAAAAAUGGAUUGUUGUUAGUGCUCCAUACAAACAAAGCAAACAGGGAAAUCGCACUGGCGGAAUCUACAGAUGUCUUCUAAAUUCAAGCAGAUGUGAAGCAGUACAAAUUCCAGAUGCUGAUGAUUCAGGAGUUACUUCAAUUGGACUAACAUUAACAACAACAGCUCCAGUGCAUUCAUCUCGAAAACGACGAGAUGCAGAUAAGGAUCAUCCAAAACUAUUAGUUUGCAGCUCAUCUAUGACCAUUCAGUGUGAUAAAAUGAUGUACAUGAGUGGAAUCUGCUAUGAGUUUGAAGAUGUUCUUAAAAUUCCCAAGUCCAUCAGCUCCGAGCAUGGAAAAUGUUCAAAGAAGGAACUUGACCUUGUACUUCUUUUUGAUGGCUCUGAAAGUCUUAAACCUGAAGACUUUGAAAAGACAAAAGAAUUUAUGAUCAACAUCAUGGAAAAGUUUAGAAACACCGAUGUCCAGUUUUCUGCCGUGCAGUUUAGCAAAUAUUCAAAAGUGGUGUUCAACUUUACAACUUACAGGACAGCCACAGAUCUAGCAAAACUAGUUGCUAGUGCAGAACAUAUGAAGGAUAUCACAAAUGUCUUUCAAGCAAUGCAGGAUGUUAUGGAAAAUGUAUAUACCACAGAGAGUGGAGCAAGGGAGAAUGCAGUUCGUGCUAUGAUUAUCAUUACGGAUGGAGAAUCCACAGAUUAUGUUGACAAACGUGAUGUUGUGAGAGAAGCUGAAAGUCAAGGAAUCAUUCGUUUUGCAAUUGGUAUUGGAGUUCAGUUUGGAACUGGACAAAAAGGACUUGCUGACUUGAAGCUUAUGGCAUCUUCCGAUAAGCAUAUGUUUACCUUGACUGCCUACAAAGACUUGGAAAAUGUCCUUAAUGACCUGCAAUCAAAAAUUUUUGUAAUUGAAGGUGAAGGCAAUGGUGACAACAGAACAGAAGAACAUUUUAAAAUGGAACUCUCUCAAACAGGAUUCAGUGCUGCCAUUAAUUCCGAAAGGCGAGUGCUUGGAGCAGUAGGGGCCGAUGACUGGGCUGGUGCUCUUGUUGUUUCAGGGAGAAAUCAUUCUGAAACCAUUGUCAGAAUCAAUUCAUCACAAGAUGAUCCAAAAUAUUCUUACCUUGGUUAUGCACUUAAAGAAUUACGAAUUCACUCUCAAGUCAUGUAUGCAGCUGGAGCUCCCCGUUACCAACAUACAGGGAAAGUAGUACUGUUUGACAUACAUGUUGAUGAGUUUCUGCCUGUGCAGCACAUCUUAGGAGAACAGAUUGGGUCAUACUUUGGUGCAGAGCUGGAAACAGUAGAUUUAGAUGGAGAUAGGAAUACAGACCUGUUGCUAAUAGGAGCACCCCUGUACCAUACACCAACUAUUGGAGGACUGGUUUAUAUCUGCACUACCGAGGCUACUGGCAAUUUUUCAUGUAACUACACAUUGAACGGGAAGCCUAAAAAUUUGCUUAUCAGAUUUGGGGCAGCAAUUGCUAGUAUUGGUGACAUUAAUGGAGAUGGUAUAACAGAUAUUGCAAUUGGAGCCCCAUUAGAAGAUGAGCAUCGAGGAGGUAUUUAUCUUUUCCAUGGCACACAAAGUGGGAUCAUGAAAGAAUACACCCAGCACAUCAAAGGUUCAGAGAUGGUUCCAGGAUUUAAAUAUUUUGGUCAGUCCAUAUAUGGGAAAGAAGAUCUUAAUAAUGAUGGACUGAAUGACACUAUAGUAGGAUCCCUUGGAAAAGUGGUUGUAAUAAGAUCAAAACCAGUUGUAAAUAUAUCCUGCAAAAUGCAUUUCGCAUCAGGGAAGCUGAAACCAGAAAAAAUUUACUGCACUGACCGCUUUCAUGCUUCUCAAGAAGACAAUCUAACAGUAUGCUUUCAUAUGAAAAAGAUACAUACAGGAAUAUAUGAAAACCUGUCUGCAAAUUUAACCUAUUUGCUGCAGUUGGAUACAGAGAACAGAGGCACCGGUAGACUUGUGUUUGAGAACAGCAUGAAAAAAUUAGAAAGCACCAUCAUUGUUUCUGUGGGAGAAAUCUGCAAAAACCACACACUGAUCAUUCCACGAUGCAGUGAUGACUUCACAUCCCCCAUCGAAAUAGUAAUGAACUUUUUGCAGAACAAAAAUGGCAAUGCAGAAAUACAGCCUGUUAUCUGGAAAACUUUCAUGCAGGAGCAAGUUCAAAACGCUAAGUUUCAGAUCUUAUUUGAGAAGAACUGUGGAGAAGAUGAUGAAUGCAUAUCAGAUUUGGGAAUCACCUUUGACUUCUCAGGUGUUAAGAAUCUUGUUCUGCAAAAACCUAAUGUACAGUUUAGACUGAAUAUCACACUGAGUAACAACCAAGAAGAUGCCACUCAUACAGUCAUGAGCAUUUCAUAUCCUUCUGGAGUUUCUUACAGGAAGAUAACUACUUUGCAGAAAAUUACAUUAAAUUGUAACAGCACCACCUUCAUACUGCCAUCAGUGAAGAUGCUGACAUGCAAUAUUAGUCAUCCUGUGCUGAGACAGAAGACAGUGGUCAUGUUUGAAGCUUUAUUUGAUGUGAGUGACAUCUACUUUGAGAAUAAUACCUUAAAGAUAUCAGUAGCUGUGCAAAGUGAUAAUGAGAAGAACAGCACUUUGGCAGACAACAGUAAAGAAGUAUCCAUUCCAGUCCGGAACUCAAUUUCUGUAGCCGUGAAAGGGUUGGAUAACUCUACUUACUACAUGGAUUUUACAAAGGAGAAAGAUGAAGCAAAAGAAGUUUUCCAUUCAUAUGAGGUACACAAUCAUGGAGACCAUGACUUACCUGUUGACCUAACAUUUCAUGUAAUAUCUGCAUUUUCAUCAGGAUUCACAUGGACUGCUGCACUAUCAACGACUAAUAGUGCUGCCUGUAUACAGAACACAACUAAUAAAGACUCUACAGAGGCACAGGAAAACAGCACCACCACCAUCACUAGCUAUCACUGUAAUAUCAGCAAGCUGGAAAAAGGAGCACACACAGAGAUAACGUUUUCUGGGAUGGCUUCAGUCAACAAGAUGAAGAGUCUGGAAAAUUUUGAAUUCUACAGUACUGCAAAGCUGCACUACAAUAAGGAGAAAUACUUCCAGAAGGAUGAAAAUUUCCAUGAAGCAAAGAUCACCACACAUGUAAAUAUCAUAGUACUGGAAAACCAUAUGCCACUGAUUAUUGGAAGUGCGGUUGGGGGCUUUAUUUUGCUGAUAAUUAUUAUAGCUGUGCUUUACAAGGUUGGUUUCUUCAAAAGAAACUUAAAACACAAAAUGGAUGAGUGCAAUAAAGAGACUUGCGAAAUGGAUGAAAAUGAGGAACAAAAUGCAGAAGAGGAGAAGUGUCAAAAUGGUGAAGUAAAAGAAGAAAAAGCCAAUGCAGAAAACUAAACAGGCAAAUGUGUAUGAGAAGGCACAUUAUAAAAAAGACUGCAUGUCCCUUGUAUCGUGUAUUAUUAAUAAUCCAGUUUCUCCUCAUUAUGUGGUAUGCUACAAGAAAUUAUUGUCAGCAUUAAUUUUGCACUGCAUUAUGCAGCAACAGUGUAAUUGUAUGAAAUACAAUAUCAUGGGCUUUUAUCCAGAAUGUACAAACAAUUUCCUGCAAGAAAAACAUUUGUUACCUCAAGGUUCACAUAUCUUUCAGUAGUCAACAUAUAUUUUAGGGGCACGGUAUGCUUGCAAUAGAUAUCUGCUUGAAAAGAGGGCAGGAACAGAACAUUCAAGUACAGUACUUUGUGCAUACUUCCAUUUGCAUUACUGCCAUAUUUUAAUAAAUUUCCAAGUCAGAAAAUUGCAAUAAAAUGUAAUUUUGAAGAA